AAACCAAAAGGUGAUACAAAAACAGGAGAGGGGAAGCUGCUUGUCUUUAUCAUCAUUCCCGUUAUUACUGCAGACAUUCUGGACAGUAAUGGAAGAUUCGAAAUGGGUCAUAGACGUCAAUGAUGGAGUUAAAAAAAUGGAGGAUACUUCAAAGGAGCAGUGGGAAAAGCAUUCAAUCUAUGAAGUGCCUGCAUGCGUUAAAGAUCAAAACAAAAAUGCCUACAGGCCGCAGACAGUCUCCUUCGGUCCUUACCAUCAUGGGGAGGCACAUUUAAAGCGGAUGGAGGAGCAUAAGCACAGGGCAUUGCUCCAUUUCUUGAGGAGAUGUCAAAAACCUGUUGAAUCGUGCCUCAAAGCUUUAGCUAAGGUCGUGCAGGAUUUGAAAGACUCGUACGAGCCGCUCGAUCCCAAAUGGGCAGACGACACAGCCGGAUUCUUAAAAAUGAUGACUCUCGACGGAUGCUUUAUGUUGGAAAUCCUUCGUGCCAGUGUAGAUGAAGUGAAUGACUAUGAUUCCAAGGAUCCGAUAUUCAGCAAACACGGGAAACUGUAUAUCAUGCCUCAUAUCAGGCGCGACAUGCUGAUGCUUGAAAAUCAGAUCCCAAUGCAGGUUCUUGAACUACUUCUUGAACUACUGCCUGGAGACAAGAAAAAAGAACGUGCCAAUGAACUCAUACGCAAGUCUUGGUUCCCCGACACCAAUCACUCAGAGAUGGGUAACUGCCUGCACGUAUUGGAUGUUUGUAGGAAGAUCCUGCUUCAGCCAAAGGGAAACCAAAAAAAACAAGGGGGGAGACCACUCGGAAAGGACAAGCCAAGUGGUGACGAGUUCAUAAGAUCUGCAACAGAGCUUAAUGAAGCCGGAAUCCAGUUCAAGGUAAAAAAAAAAGGGAGCCUCAAAGACAUCACUUUCGACGGCGGGGUGCUUGAACUUCCACUCAUCGUCGUGGACGAUGCCACGGAGUCGAUGUUCUUGAACUUAAUAGCCUUUGAGCGUUUUCAUGUCGAGGCCGGCAACGAGAUUACCUCCUAUGUCUUUAUCAUGGAUAACAUCAUCGACAAUGCGAUGGACGUUGCCCUCCUGCAUUCGAGCGGCAUCAUACAGAAUGCUAUUGGAAGUGACAAAGCUGUCGCCAAGCUAUUCAACUCUCUCUCUAAGGAUAUAACGCUCGAGCCAGAAAGUAGCCUCGAUGUAGUGCAAAAAAACGUCAGUGAGUACUGCAAGCAGCCCUGGAAUAACUGGCGGGCCAAUCUCAUUCAUACCUAUUUCAGAAAUCCAUGGGCUAUUAUCUCCCUUAUUGCUGCCAUCUUCCUGUUUGCGCUCACAAUAGUACAGACCGUAUACACAAUACUAGGUGUCGUUGAUUCUCCACAGCCUUCUCAUUACUAUAAACCUCCUCUUCCUGACCUCAAAACGCCUCGCCAUUGACAUCAGUUGCAUACGCAGAGGAGUGGAUCCCAUUCCUAGCCCCUGUUUCUGUGGUUUUAUAUUGAGUCUGCUUUGGGUUUUGGAAAAUGUUCUUUCCAUAAUAACUUUGAGUGAUAUCGUUUUAUUGAAUGGUUUCAGCUGUGGGUUUGACAAUGGGCUUAUUUGCUUUUUGUUUAUUUUUUCUUUUUAUUAGUGAUAAUGGGGCUGUUUGAUAAUCUUCUCUUCCUCGAUGUCAUCUGAAUAAAAUGCCAUACAUAUGUUCCCAAUAAUGUAAUCCCAGCUUUCUUAUGAUAGACAUGUUUCUUUACCA